GCAGUAACCAAGCGACUGGUGGAGAAGACGGAUGCGACUCAUCUCUCGAGCUCGUCAAUAGCGAGAUCAUUGGAAUCAACCUGAACCUAUUAGUAAAUUGACGAAUUGUAACGUCUCUUCAGCUUCCUACCCUAACUGAGAUCGCCAGCAACUGGUGAUUAAUUUUUGCGAGUGGCUGAAAUUCAAUUUGGGCGGCUGAGCGCAGUCAACGCUGUCUUCGCUAUCGAUUCGCACCAGUUGCGGGAUGUUCUGAAGGCGGUGGCUUACGGCGUUUUUCUUCCUUUCAUCAGAUUUCUGCCAAAGGAUUUUAAAUUUGAAUCGACGCGAUAAGUUUGUGACAGUUAUUUUUCUGGUGGGCGAAUCUUUCUUUGAACUUAACAUUUGGAUACUAUCAUCUUGUCUUUUUAAGUGAAUCGACGAAGCUGUAAGAAGAAGUAUAUUUGAGAGAAUUUCGAAAGUUAUGAGUCUGACAGGCUUGACUUACUUGUUCUAAGUUUGUUUAUGAACAAUAGGCUACGGUGUUCUUCCGUAAGCUAUUGCAUUUGUAUUUUAGACCUUCGGAUUCUACUGUUGAUACAAUCAUCAAACAUUCUCCGCCAAGAGAGUAACCACUUGGUACACCGGACUCAAUGUCCACAUCUACAUAGUGUUUCAGUUGUUAGUUAAGUUGAACCAAAACCGGAGUAUCGCAUUGGUGUAACGUUACCAUACAAAGAGGAUUAACUGUUGCUGUCGGUGUAAAGCCAGUAGGUUUGAAACUGGAACUCUUUAUUCCUGAUACAGAUGACAUUUUAGUGAAUACUGACACGGAUACAAGCAAAGGAAGAACUGAGGGUAGCAGAUGUUGCAAGGUGACAGGGCUAUGAUAGCUUGACAGGGCUAGAAGCGUUCACGAUAGAGUAGCGUCAUGUCCAUGGCGGAGUCGGUCACUUGAGGCGAUCAUGGAGUACACAAACAUCGCUAGGCACUUGGGAAGGAUACUCCGGAUUAUAUUCAAUGCGACAUGUGUGCUUUGUGUAUUCUUCCAGCUUCUGCACCUCAGUGCGGGGAAAGAAGACAUCAAGAUUGGAUAUAUCAUGGGCGCGGAUUUGAAAGAGGGGGUUUCACCGGAGUCCUAUUACAGGCCGGGCAAACGAACCUCCGGGGCUGUCCAAUUAGCUAUUGAUGAAAUUAACAACUCUACUGAGUGGCUGCCAGAUCAUAGAUUAACGUUAGUAGUGAAGGAUACGUAUGGGAAUGAGGAGUAUAGCAUUAAACAUACCAUCAGUCUGAAAUGGCAGAAUGUCUCUGUUAUUAUUGGACCUCAGGAUACUUGUCAAUAUGAAGGGAGAAUUGCGGCUGCCUACAACCUGCCUAUGAUAUCCUAUUAUUGUAACGAUGCCGCCCUAUCCGAUAAAGUGAACUUCCCCACAUUCGCCCGCACGAAGCCGCAGGCGGGUCAGAUCGCCAAGUCGGUCAUUGCGUACCUCAAGAACUACGACUGGAACAAAGUCACCCUGGUCUACUACGACAAGGGUGACAAUGGUCCUGUCACAAAGGCAGCUGAGGCUAUACAAGAGCUAGUGGUGAACGAUCCCACUCUCAACAUUACCACUGUCCAUCGUUACACCCAGGCUGUAUUCUUUGGUCUCGAUGCCAACCAGGGCACAGAACCGAACGAAGACUUCGCCAGUAUCAUCAAAGAAACAUACAAAACCACGCGAAUUUAUGUUCUCGUUGCUGAUGUUUAUGCCUUCCCCGCCUUCCCGGUCGCACUACAACACAUGGGCCUUCUUGCCAAAGGGGAAUACUUUGUUGUAGGCGUUGAUGUCGACCAUUACAGCCCUGAAAAUGUCAAUCAUUAUCUUAAUGGUCCGUUUAUGGAGAAAGGUUUUCAAAAUCAGCCACAGUUUUUAGAAAGUGCCCGCUCAUUGGUAAUCAUACUGCCUACGCCACCCAAGUAUCCAGAAUUUGACGACUUGUCCAAACGUGUCAAUGAAUAUCUUAAAAAGCCACCCUUUAACAUGAAAAACCCAUUCGAAGAAUCAGGCAUUGAAAUCAUCAUUCCAAUGGAAGCGGGCUAUCUCUAUGAUGCUGUAUGGCUCUAUGCAAAGGCUGCUCACAAGCUACUAGAGAUGGGGGAGAGGGUAGAUGAUGGAAGAGCCAUAUUCAAGGAGUUACGUGGCAAGGAGUACAUCAGUAUUAAUGGUUUCGGGAAUCGUAUUGAUGACAAUGGUGACUGUGAGGGUAACUACACCAUCAUCGCCCGCCGACCCCCAGAUCUGGCCAAGGAUCGGAAGAGCUGGGGCAUGUACCCGAUCGGGGUGUUCAGGCGAGUGGAAGGAGGAAAUCUGACGGUGGCCUACUUUGAAAAUGAGACUAUGCAAUGGGUUGGAAAAACCGCGCCACUAGCUGAGCCAAAGUGUGGCUACUUCGGCAAGAAAUGCAACGAGAAAGAAUCUAAUACUGAGAAGAUUGUAGCAGGCGCCAUCGGUGGAGUGGUCCUUCUGGCGGUAAUCAUUGGCUCGAUUAUCUACAGGAACUGGAAGUACGAGCAAGACCUGGCCAAGAUGUUGUGGCGUGUCGACUGGAAGGAUGUCGUGACGAAAGAGAAGCACCAUGCCCUUUGCCAGAACUUGAAUUCACUCAACGACUCAAACACAGGCAACAAAGCAAACGCGGGGAAUGCAAUGACCCGGAUGAGUUCGCACAUACGAUCGAGUCUGAUGUCCCUGGAGUCGCAAGGAGGCGACUUAGAGCUCAGGCAUUCCUUCUGCCAGGUUGGCACGUAUAAGGGCAACUUGGUCGCUGUGAAGCGCGUCGCCAAGAAAAGCGUUGAUCUGACGAGAAAUGUACAGAAAGAACUAAAAUUGCUCAAAGACAUCCGUCACGACAACCUGACCCAGUUUAUAGGUGCUUGUGUCAUGUAUCCUAACAUAGCUUACCUCACGGAGUAUUGUCCCAAGGGGAGCUUGCAGGAUGUCCUAGAGAACGACGAUGUGAAGUUAGAUAAUGUUUUUAUAGCCUCAAUAGUCAAUGAUAUUCUGAAGGGCCUUACUGUUAUUCACGAGAGUGAGAUCCACUUCCAUGGACGACUCAAGUCUUCCAACUGCCUUAUAGACAGCAGAUGGGUGCUAAAACUCACCGACUUUGGCCUGUCCCACUUCAGGUCAGGGGAGGACAAAAAGGAGGAUGGCGACUAUGCGCAUUUUCGAAGUCUGCUGUGGACGGCACCAGAGUUGUUGCGGAACCCGAGCUGUCCUGGAACUCAAAAAGGAGACAUCUACUCCGUAGCUGUGAUACUUUAUGAAAUUCAUAGUAGAAACGGGCCUUACGGAGACACAGAAAUGACUCCGCAAGAAAUCAUCAAGAAAGUGAAGCAUCCCGAGUCCAUCCUUCAUCCAUUCCGGCCACGACUUGGAAACCUUGACAGCACGGCCAAGUUUAUAACUGACUGUAUUUCCGAGUGUUGGUGUGAGAUACCUCAGAACAGACCAGAUAUGAGAGGCAUUAGGAAUAUACUGAAACCUCUGCAGAAGGGAUUAAAGUCUAACAUCAUGGACAACAUGAUAGCGAUAAUGGAGCGGUAUGCCAACAACCUCGAGGGCGUGAUCGAGGAACGGACCGAACAGUUGCUCGAGGAGAAGAAGAGAACAGAAGAACUGCUGCAUCAGAUGCUGCCAAAAUCUGUUGCUGAGCAGCUGAAGCAGGGUAAACAGGUCGAGGCGGAGGUGUUUGAGUCGGUCACCAUCUACUUCAGUGACAUCUGUGGUUUCACUGCCUUGUCAUCUGAGAGUACACCCAUGCAGGUUGUCGACCUCCUCAACGAUCUCUACACGACCUUUGACUUUAUCAUCGGCAACUUCGAUGUGUACAAGGUGGAGACGAUUGGGGAUGCCUACAUGGUGGUGAGCGGCCUCCCCACCAGGAAUGGCAUCAACCAUGCCGGCGAGAUUGCCUCCAUGUCGCUCGCUUUACUGUCCGCUAUCAAGAAGUUUAAGAUCAGGCACCGACCUGACGAGUGUCUUAAGCUGAGGAUUGGAAUACAUUCCGGUUCAUGUGUUGCUGGAGUCGUAGGUUUAAAAAUGCCACGAUUUUGCCUCUUUGGUGACUGUGUCAAUACCUCCUCGAGAAUGGAAUCAAACGGCUUGCCGUUGAAGAUCCAUUGUUCGCCCCAGUGUAAGCAGUUGCUUGAUGAACUCAAGGGCUUUGAGGUGGAGGAGAGAGGCCUUGUCAAAAUGAAGGGCAAGGGUGAGAUACGCACUUACUGGGUCAUCGGUGAUAAAAAUUCAAAAACGAGGAAGUUUUCGUCGUCACAAUCAUCCGUCCAGACACCGAACCACAGCAAUGAAUCUUCAGACUAUGAUUUAUCACAACCUAGUUCACCAGUGGAUAAUAAAGGACUUCCUAAUGGCACCAAAUCAGAUGGUGAUGAUAGUCGGUCGACCUCGCCCUCCAAGAAACACCCAUCGUCACCCUUGAAAAAGUUCUUCCAGAGUGGCAGUAAAUCGGACUUGGGGAAUGAGCGGAAGAAAAGUGCAGGGCAGGUCCCGGAGUCUUUACCACUGUUACCAAGGAGCCAGCAAUGUGCUCCAACGAAUCCUGGUUACAGAGACAAAUUUGAGAUUAUUAUCAAGGAGUGAGAUUAAGAAUGCUGGAUUAGAGUGCAAGAAUAGCAGUGACUGAUGGAAGACAUUCACUGAUGGCCAUAGGCACGCUGAGCAGUUAUGGAUACUAAGUGACAGGUUGUGACUGGUGGAUAUCAGGGCAUCCAGCGUGUUCAAUGUACAGUAUUCGUCCGGAAUGAAGGGGUGUAUGCGUUCUGUGAUAACGAAUGGUAGAACGUGAUGACAAUAGCCCCCACGAUCGCUUGCUUGUCAAGAACGUCCCCAAGGACAAAGAAGGCUUAGAGGGGCAGAGCUGUCUCUCCUGAGAAGCUCAAUAUGCUUUCAUAGUAAAAUCGUGUGCUGGGUCAACUCAUGUCCACGUGGCAAAGUGCUCUAAGUUGUAGUAGGUAAUAUCAUGUCAGGAGGAAAAGGACGGGCUGUACGUGUCCGUCCGUGGUCGAAAUAUGGACCAUAACUUAAGGGUAAUUAAGUUACCAUUAAGUCCUGCUUGUGAACCCUUUCGAGACUCAGUUUUAUAACGAGUUUAGAGGCAUUCAUUCUGGUGAGAACUACUUAAAAUGCAGAAUCAUUCCAUGGAAGACAUAUAACACGAGGACACAGCACUAAAACGAAUGAAAAACCUGAGUGCAACGCGGGAGUUCUAAGUUUAAACGGGUUAAAGUGGACAUGUAUUGCCAAAAUCUGGCCACUUGAAAUUUGCCAAAACUACAUGUACUAUGUUUCUGAUGACAGCAUGGGUUUAGAUUGGAGCCAAGCUUUCUCAAACUUAAAAGAUAUAUUACUGGCCAUUCAAGAAGUACUGAUAACGAUAAAAUGUAACGGUAAUUAUACUCUAGUCAUAAAGUUAUAAUGUACAUAAUUUUAAUGAGGCGACUUACAAAUUACUCAUCUAACAAUAGUUAAGACAAUUACUGACGUAAUGGAUAUGAGAACGCAGGCUUUAUUAGGAUGUAGUACAAAGAAUCGAAAUUCACUUUGCAUAACAUAGUUUGUGGUCAGCAUUUGAUCCACAGAUUUUCUCGAGGACUGUGGGGAGGGUGUUCCGUGGGGAACUGAGGACUGUGGGGAGGGUUUUCCGUGGGGAUAAGCAGGAAUUUGACAACCCAGAUGUGAUAGCCAAUUUCUUGCUGAGAUAUAUAUACAUUACGGUAGUAAAACAAACAGACACUGGUAUGUGUCAGCGGUCGAAGUGGAGAAGUGUAUUCUGUUAAGAAAUGAAUCACUGCAUCAGCCAUAGAUAAGUAACUACAAUGAGCACUAAACGAGUGUAUGAGUGCCAUACAUUCGUGCUAUGAGGUACGGUGGAUUCACAUUGGUUUGCAUGUGGAGGGUUUCCAAUUCACGAUGUUGCCCCACGUUCCUACAUCAUGUUUUACCAAGACCUGAAUCAUCUUAAGAGUUGUCGCCAAAUUCUCUGCCAGUGUCAUGGUGUGUCAGACUUCAAGUGUACAUACAUGUAGGUCGCGUCUGAAUGUGUAUAAUAAAGCACUACUCACCCACUUGGAGCAAUUUUUCUCUGGGUGGAUUUUGAUAUAAGCUUCGUGUUCAUCAGUGGUUGUGAUGUCCAAUAGGACAUGUUAUUGUUAAAUGUGCUUAGCCCUCUGUCUCUUUGUGUAAUUGAUAUAAGAUAGCACCAGCUACCACCGGUUCAGUAAUCAUGGAAGGACAGCGGUUUUAGUUGUAAAAGAUGAUUCGUGUUGGUUUCGCGAAGUCAUUGAAAUAUUCACUCGCAAUGUAUCCAGGACCAAUACCGAGUUGAUUGUAACUCAUCUUAAAGUUAUGAAAAAUGAUUGCAAGCUGAAGCAUGAUUAUGUGAAAGAGCUGGUCUAUGCCAAUGACAUUGAUAUUUCGCCUAAGGCCGGGGUUAGAUAGGAUUCACGUUCUCACUAUGUUUCACUCAGUCAACUGACUUAGCUAGGCUUAAAAACACGACGCGAGGGUGGAAAGUGACCUCGUGAAUCGUAUGUAGCCCGCUCUUUGGAAAUGACUUGUUCGUUCUUCAUGUCACACAUGUAAAGUAAUAAGCGACACCUUACCAUCUCAAUACGUGAAAACAUGAACUUUGUAUAAUCGCGGCCAAAGAGUAACUUCGGUGGUUACUGUCUAAUCCCGUUAUUGGUUUAGGCUAUUGUGUUUGUUGGUAAAGGUAGCGAUUUGUAGUUAAAUUCAGCCAAAGCAAAGUGUGAUGAUAUGUUUGUUAACCCAAUUUUUUAUUUCGUACUAUGUUGACUACUAGAUCUGACAAUGUCGAGGCUAUUUGAAUGUCGACCUCUGAGCGUGAACAGUACAACGAAGGCGCUACCGGGUAGAAACAAUCACAUUACGACAUCAACACACUAAUAGCCAGUCCUGUCCUUUGUACACUCUACAGUCAUCCACCUGAGACCACUUCAUCAGUUACGCAUGAUCAUCCGACAGCUCGGCGUUACCAAACCAUCGACUGUCCAAAUCUUUUAAAAGGCAUCGAACGACUACGUGCAGUUGGGCUUAUGACUGAUCGUUUUAAAGGGGUGGUUUUAGAUGCUGAAGCGGUCUCGGAUCGGACAGACUAGAGUAUAUGAGGUGUUUAUGUCUUGUCAUUGUUGUACUUACCACGUCCUGUGCGGAAGAUUGAUUGACGCACAAUAAUGUAAUUAUUGUAUUAUAAAUCUUUUAAAUGCGUUACCAAUAUGAUUACUGUUCAUCAUAAUGAAAGAUACCAAUAAAUUAAGUUUUUUAAAUAU